CAUGUGUUAUAGUUGACAUAAUGUUGACCUUGUGUAGCUGAUUGUCUAUCACUGUGGGUAACUAUGAAAGCCUUGAAGAUCCUCUCUUUUUCCCCCACAUGACUUACAGCUUUAAAUCUUAGACAGAAGUCUGAUCAGAAGUUGACGUGCAGUUUACAGAACUGAGUACUUCCUGCUACUUCGUAGAGUAGUAAUCAGAACAUCAGUUACACAGAGCAAACAUGCUCUGCACCUGAACACCGCUCCUGAACCUCUCCAUCUGCAAGCGGUGUCACAGUCACCACAACAGUGCUCCAAUGAUGUUCUUCCACAGAGACUGAAAUGAGCUGAAGGCGACUUUUAUUAGUUUUUAUCUUCACAUCCUUCCAUCUGCUUCUCCAGCGGCGAGAUCUUUUGUUCAACCAUGAUUCUCCUCAGCGUGAAGGCGUGUCUGACACUCCUGUGGGGAAUAUCUGUUUUGUUUUCUGUUGAGACGGAGAGUGCUUCCAUCCCAGAAACCAGCAGCGGCAACUCAACUGCUGAACCAAACAAGGCAAACAGGCCGCUAUCCACUGCACACGCACCUCAUAAUGAAACAGAGGUGCAGUCUGCGAUGUUGGAUCCAACUCACAAACCUGCAGAAGUUGCUGUUACUGCAACAGCAGACACCGUCGUGUCACCCACAAGGGAAGCAGAGGAGGUAGUCGUCAGUACCAGAGGUGACAUCUCAAACGGCAGCACAACUCUCAGUUUGUUUGCUGUGACCGGUGUGACAACAGCUGCAGGCAGCUUGGGUCCACGAACGCGUCAUACCUCCGCAGUGGUGACCCCAGCUGCAGAUGAUGCACAACACACCCGUGAUACGACAUCGACAGAAACAGCUACACCUAAAGAUCAGUUACAACAACAGUCGUUCAACACUUCUACUCACAUGACAGCUCCUGCAAUAACUUCUAGGGCAUCCUCAGCAACAGUGCCCACGUUUCCACUGCAGCCCACAUCCACAGCUACACCUGAUGUUACAUCCGAGUUAUCAUCCAGCACCACCUCUGCUAAUUCCACUGAUAAGGCUUCACACUUAAUCAGCAGUCCCUCAGCUUCUGCAACCACACUGACAGCAAGCCCUGCCUCUGAGGCAACGCCUGUGUUUCACCCCACGUUUUUACCCGUAACAACAACUGAGACACCCACCGCCAGCGCUGAGCUUUCUUCUACAUCUCAGCCCAUUUCCCGCACGAGAACCCACAUCUCCACAUCACAGUUUCCUGACACAACAGGGUUGAACUCUACCCCCGAGUCUCCUGCCACCACAGCUUCAAAUGACUCCUCUUUCUCCACUUCUGCCUCUACCUCUGCUGUCUCUACCAGUGCAGCAGGAAUCUUCAUCCCUCACGUUCCCAAGAGGUUGCCAAUUCCAACCACCAGAUCAACUGCAGCACCUACAGCAGCGACUCGUGAAGUCUCAAAGAGCCCACCCAGCACUGAGGUCCAACCCUGCUCUACCCGAGGAGUGGUGAAGCACUGCCUCAUCGCCGUCGCCUCCCUGGCCGGAUUGGCCACCAUCUUCAUGGUCUCUACCGUUAUCCUAUGCGCCAGGCUGUCAGCAAGGAAGUACAGGGUCAGGAGACCUCAGCAGGCAACUGAGAUGAUGUGCAUCUCUGCCCUGCUUCCUGAGAGGAAUUACUCCUACACAAGGCAACACAAUCCAAUCACUAACGGAGUCCUGGUGAUCCCCAGCGCUGGAGACAGCGAGGAGGACGGAGGAGAUAACCUCACUCUCAGCAGCUUCCUCCCAGAAAACGACCGUUUUGUUUAAGUUAAUUUAUCAGUAUUGACAUGUUUUCAUCAGCCGGACUGAUCUGGCUGAUGCCAGUGAUGUGGAAACUGUUGCUGUUUUAAUAAACCAAUGCUUCCUCUUUGAUGUUGUUGGUUUAGCUUCAAUGCACACCCUACUCUUGUGCAGGAGCAGACAUAGAAACCACAAACACACACACACGCAAAAAAAGAAAAACACAAAAAAAACAGAAACAGUUUCUGUUUCAUCUUGACGUACCAUGAACCAUAUCUGGUGUUUGAUUAAACCGUAUCUGGUGUUUGAUUGAACCUUAUCUGGUAUUUGAUGCAGUGGGGUCAUCAAAUUUGUAUUUUAAGCAAGAAUGAACAUGUUUUCCAUAAUUUUACACGUGCCUUCCUCUGGAGACUGUGAGCCAGGAUGCGGAGCAUGAUCAAAGAUUUUUUUUCAAACAUCCUGAACUGAGCCCUGAUGGUGUUUCACUUAGCAACAGGAGACAGGAAGGCUUAUUAUGUCAAGGGAUUACUGUUCUUCACAGACACUGUUCAGUUUACAAGUGCCAUUCUAGCAGCUGUGAGGCUUAAUUGUAUAAUUGUAUUGUAUAUGUAAUUGAGUAUUUUGAGCGAUGAUAAACUUUAUGUGACUCUGCUUAUAAGGGUGCUUGUGUAGAGUUGCAGUUUCUGUCUUGGGAUAAUUUAUUAAACAAGUUUCUUUUUAACAUUUA